AUGAAAAGAGAGAGAGACGCCGCCGCCGCCACCGCCAUCCCCGACUCCGACGACAAUGACGAUGACGAUGACGACGAUCACCACCACCACCACCACCAUAGACCACCACCACCCGCCUUCACAAUCACCCCUGAUCAAAUCCAUUCUUGUAACCCUAACCCUAAUCAUAGAAUGCCCUCUCUCAAUAAUCCCUACAAACACCACCACCAUUCAAGUAAUAAAGAACAAGAUCGGUUCCUCCCAAUCGCCAAUGUGGGACGUAUCAUGAAAAAGGUCAUCCCCGGAAACGGGAAGAUCUCCAAAGAUGCCAAAGAGACCGUUCAAGAAUGCGUGUCUGAGUUCAUAAGCUUCGUCACAGGCGAAGCCUCGGACAAAUGCCAAAGGGAAAAAAGAAAGACGAUCAAUGGGGAUGAUAUUCUUUGGGCCAUUAUGACCUUAGGGUUCGAAGACUACGUAAAUCCUCUCAAACUAUACCUCACAAAGUACCGGGAGAUCGAAGGCGAGAAGCUGAACAUUCCCAAACAACAUCAACAACAACACCAACACCAACAUCGCGUCGUCGAGCAACAUAUGCAACACGACCAAAACAUAAACAUGCCUUAUAGUAGUGUAUACCCUAACCCUAAUUUGAUCCCACAGCCAUCUUUCGUGUCAAAUGAUCCUCCUUUUUCGUUGCCUUUCUCGUCGAAUUCGAUCCAAACGACGACGUUGCCGGCUCCGACAUUGCCUCAACAAGAUCAUCUCGACGAUCAUUGGUAA